GUUUGUUGAAGUAGCAGAUAAAAGAGAUUUUUUUACUCAGCAACUUGCCAAAAGGAAUCUAUGAGUUUUGAGCAAGUUUGGAAGUUGCUGAAAUCAACCUCAGCUUUGACUUUUGCACCAUGGACAAUGUUACAGAGAAGGUACAGCCUUUAUCUAUGGAAGUCAAUUUAAGAAACAUGGUAAAAGCUCUGUUUGAGAAUAGCCACGCUUCCUCAGAGAAAGGAAUGCUUCGAUGGAAUCUUCACAAUAAAGUCCAGUCCCAUCCGUCCUGCACAGUUGCACUGGUCAGAAAACUGGUCAAACAACUGCAAAAGUGCAUAGAUAAGCUACAGAUGUGUGAGUCCCAUGUGCAUGUCAUUCCCAUUCUCCACACACUCUACUAUGUGGUUUUACAGUCUCCUGUGGUGAUCCCGGUCAAACUGUACCAGAGCAUGUAUGGCUGUUUGAUGAGGCUGCUCAUAUUACCGCUCCCUCAUAGCGCUGUAGCCCUGAGCACAGUCAAGAGCAUCAGGACAGAGCUGUUCACUCCAGGCUCUUUGUACCACAGAAGAGUUAUUGCAGAGCAGAGCCUCAAAAAUGACCACGUCAAUCUUCAAGAGAGAGUGUUUCUUCUGGCUGACCCGGAGCUCUUCUCAGACCCACUGGAGGCCACAAUGAGGGCAGACCUGGAGGUGAGCAGCUCCCUCAGAGACCCUCUGGUUCUAAAGAGAAAAGUGGUGCUAAGGUUACUGCAGUUGGGACUGGGCUCCUUCUGUCACAGUCCCACAAUACAGCAAGCACUGGAGAGCUUAGGAGAGCAGAGUCUGGAGGCCAUCUUCCAGGAGACUGUUCUUGCAGUGGAGCAGGGCGUGCAGAAAGGCCCUGAGGGGUGGAGAGACUACAUUGACCAUCUGCAAAUGAUUUACACCCAAGUUUUGACAUCCUGUGACAAAGCAAUAGGCUAUGAAAACAACACUGUUUACCCCAUCACCAUGCCUUACCCUGAAAUCAACUUCAUUCUGUGGAACGAUGAAGAGGAUCUGUGGAAUGCACUUACAACCUUUACUCUGAGAUCCAGCUUUGACAUCGAUGACAAAAGCCAGCGUGCAUCAGUGCAGUCUAAGAACCUGAAGGAGCUCAACAAGGGACCUCCCCAGAUUCCUCAGAGAAGCAUGAGCAACCUUUCCAAGAGGAGGAAUGCUUUUAAGGACACCAAACCUGGCAACCAGCUCAGUCUGAUGGACGAGAAGAUGGAGAGCUCCUCCACUAUCUCCUCCUCCAGCAGAGAGCAGCGUAGCCACACGGCCCGCAUCGUUGUCAUGGGAGAUGACCGCAUCCUGGGGAAACUGGCCAGUGCGUACUGCAGCAUUCGGGAAAAGGAGUCCAAGCACAUAAGGCUUACUAAGAAGAUCAAUUUGCAGUUCUAUUACAUUCCAGUGACUGAUGUAGAGGCAUCUGUCCCUCUGCAGCCUAACACCACAGAGCAAGCCAGGCUAUCUAUCGCUUCUUUUUUGGGAAAAGUGGAUUCCUGGUAUGACGUCAAUAUCAACAUCCUCCAAUCUGCCAUGCCCAGAACUGCUGGAAUGCAGAAUACGAAUCACAACAAACCAUCAGAGCAGAACCUCUUUUUUCUGGACACUCUUAAUUACUAUUUACGCUGUGGAAUACAGAAGGUUAACCUGCCACUUUACAAAGUUAUGAUGACGCGCAGUAAUGAAGUGAGCUCAGUCAUAGAGGAGGUGUUUGUGUCCAGCCUGGAGGCAGACGUGGCCGAGUUUAAACAUCUCAAAGACAAAAGUGCCAAAUCAUACAAUCGAAGAAAGAGGUCAGUUGAAGUAUUUGGAGGCGUCAUGUCAGUCAGUUACACACAAGUGUUUGUGAGUAAACGUGAGCAGCUGAAAGGAGUGUGUCCAAUGGCGUGCAGUGCGGUCAUCACCUCUGAGCCUUCUGUAACACACGGUGAAGGAUACCUUGGUGUCAGAUUUAACUCUGUGAACCUAGAGGAGAACACAAAGAUCUUCACUAAAACCAUUAGCAUCAAAGCAAUGGAAAAUCGGACACUGGUGGUUUGUUUGGAUAAGGACUUCCGCAGGACAUAUAGUAACAUCCAAAGGAUUGAAGUGUCGCCUUAUGUGGAUCCAGGGUGUAACAUCCGGACCAGAUUUUCCAUGAGCAUAACCAAAGACCUGCCUUUGAGCAAAUACGUGGACAAAAUCUUAUCACUGCCAAUCAACACCUUCAGUGGAGUGACCAGCUGAAAGACUGCAGAAUACUUACAUACUGUGCAUUACCAUUUUAAAUAUUGUCAGCCCAUCUGCUACUCAACAAUAUUUUAUGGAUUUAAGUAAAUAAAAGCCCAUGUAUGUAUGUUAAAUAAACACGUGAUCACAAAUACAACUUAAUUAAACUUGAUGAAAGUACUUGAAUGUGAUCUCUGUAAAUAGCUUAUGUGGAUAAUUCAUAUGUUUUCGUCUUUAUACUUGUCUGAAAUAAAGAAUAAAAAC